GGUCUGAAAUACUAUCAUUUGAAUACAACUCAUAAAGUUUAUGAAAAAAAAGCGAUAUGUAUAACUACAAAAAUUUUUUAUAUAUUUAAAGAAAAUAAUAUUAAUUAUAUACUGUAUAUAUUAUAGGAGCAACUUAAAAUUGAUGAUGAAUUUAAAAGUGAUACCUUACAAAGAACCUAAACAAAAAGAAUUAAGGAAUUCAGUUUGCGAUUGGAUGGGUCUCGGAUAUCAAACGGCAAAUAAAUUAAUGAAAAGUAUGCUAAAUUCUAUGUGUGAUACUGCUUCAAUAACAACGGAUUUAUGGACAUCAUGUGCUACAGAUCAAAUGGAAUUAAAGGAUAUUCCAUUAUGUAUAGAACCAAUAAAAUAUCCACAUACUGCAAUCCAAGAAUGGGAAGAUUACGUUGAACAAAAUGAAAAAUUGGAAGAAGCACAAGCUGAAUUAAAUGCAAAACUUGCGCAACCUCUGAAAUAUUCUUACGCAACAGAAAACGAUGACAAUAAGAAUAAUGAUGAAAACUGUGAUAAUGAGAAUAAUGAUGAUGAAAAUAGUGAUGAAGAUAGUGAUGAAUUUGAUAAUAAAAUGAUGAUGAUGAUGCGAAAGUUCAUAGAUUCUAUUAAUUCAAUAGAUGAACAAAUCGAUAUUACGGCUAUUAUUAAUAAAAUUAAAGAAGAAAUUUAUAAUGCGCUUUAUGACUAUCUUGAUAACCACCUAACGCAACUAUUUUGGCAAUCUUUGAAAGAAACAAAUACAAAUACUCAUUUUCAAGUUAAUCAAAAAUGCAAAACUUUUGCAUCCCGUGUUUUUGGUUUCUCUCGGUCUCAAAUUUCAAUUUAUGAAGAACAUUCUUACUAUUUGGAUGAAAUAAAAACACCACAGGCUCUUCCCGAAGUAGAUCUCUUAAAGGAAUAG